AUAAAUACUCUCAAAUUGUUGCUUAAUGGACUUAAUCAAUGUUGGAGAAUCGGAUCAAUAGACUUCAUUAUCAGUGGAGAAUAGUCUCGGGCUUAAUUGGUGAUAUGUAGCCUCCAAAAUCGAAAGAAAAUGACAUUUCGAUAAAAUCGACCAAAAUUUGUGAUGGUACCCCUUUAGAAUCUGUCAAAAAUGGACCCAGAAGAAAUUCUUCCAAAUUAAUUCUUAAUGGACUUAAUCAUCGUUAAAGAAUAACCUCAGGCCGAAUAUGUGAUUUGUGUCCUUCAAAAUCCUAGGAAAUUUGUCUUUCAAAAAAAUCGGCCAAAAACAUACAAAAAUGUUAUCCAAAAAUAAAUUCACACAAAUUGGUGUUUAAUGAAAUUAAUCAUCGAUGGAGAAUUAGAUCAAUAGACUUCAUUAUUGGUGGAGAUUACCCUCGGGCAGAAUUCACGAUCUAUAUAAGUCCCAAAAUCGAAAGAAAAUUUCAUAUCGGAUAAAUAGACCAAAAUAUGUGAUGGUAACUCUUUGGAAUCUGCCAAAAAUGGACCCGUAAGAAAUUUUUCAAAAUCAGUGCUUAUGGACUAUAUCAUCGUUGAAAAAUAGCCUCAGGGAGAAUCCGUGAUUUGUUCAAAAUCUAAGAAAAAUGGCAUUUAAAAAAUCGGCCAAAAAUUUAAGAAAAAUGUCAUCCGAAAAUAAAUUCGCGCAAAUUGAUGCUUAAUAGACUUAAUCAUUGGUGGAUAAUUGGAUCAAUUUAAUUUAUUAUCGGUAGAGAAUAGCCUCGAGUUGAACCGUGAUCUGUAGCAUUCAAAAUUGAAAGAAAAUGGUAUUUCGAAAAAAUAACCCGUAAUUUGUGAUGGUACCCCUUUGUAAUAACAUCCGUGAACAGUAGCCUUCAAAAUCCAAGGUAAAUGUACUUUCGGAAAAGACCGCAAAUUUACGAAAAUAUAUUCGCACAAAUCUGUGUUUCAUGGUACUAAUCAUAGGUGGAGAAUAGGAUCACUAGGCUUCAUUAUCGGUGGUGAAUAAUCUCGGGCUAAAUCCCUGAUCAAAUAGAAAGAAAAUGGAAUUUCAGAAAAAUUGCUCGAAAUCUAUGAUGGUACCCUUUGGAAUCUACCACAAAUGGACCUGGAAGAAAUUCAUCCAAAUUGGUGUUGAAUGGACUUAAUCAUUAUUGAAGAAUACCUCUUAGGUCGAAUCUGUGAUCUAUAGCCUUCUAAAUCCAAAGAAAAUGGUCUUUUGAAAAAAUAUGCUAAUUUUUUUUCUCGAAAAUGUCAUCCGAAAAUAUAUUCCCCCAAAUCUGUGCUUAAAGGACUGAAUAAUCAGUGGAGAAUAGCCUCUGGCUGAAUCAAUGAUAUGCAGCAUCCAAAAUCGAAAGAAAAAAACAUUUUGUGAAAAAUGCACGAAAUCUGUGAUGAUAUCCCUUUGGAAUCCGCCGAAAAUGUACCUGGAAUAAAUUCGCCUAAAUCGUUGUUUAAUGGACUUAAUCAUCGUAGAAGAAUAGCCUCAUGUCGAAUCCGUGAUCUGUAGCCUUCAAAAUCCAAGUAAAAUGUUCGUUCAAAAAACAUCGAUGGAGAAUCGGAUCAAUAGACUUGAUUAUCGGUGGAGAAUAGCCUCGGGUUGAAUUCGCGAUCUAUAAGACCCAAAAUCGAAAGGAAAUUGCAGUUCGAACAAAUCGCCUGAAUCUGUGAUGGUACCCCAUUUGGAAUUUGCCAAAAAUGGACAUGGAAGAAAUUCUCCCAAAUUGGUGCUUGAUAACGAUGUAAUUGCACAUGUUUGCGCCCCUAGUUCUUAUCCGUUUGAGGGGUAUAGUCGUGUGUUUUGGCCUAUUUUACGCCGGGUUGUGCUAUUUUGUCAUAUUUCAGGUCCCAGACGUCAAAGGGAAGGCUAACCACGAGUUUCGAGGCAUUCGGAGGUCAUUUCGUCAAGCUGGGGCCAAAACACGGGCACACCUAAGGCAUUACACGGCCGUGUUCCUGUGGCCGUGCUUUUUAUGCCGAGAGCUGAGCUGAUUACACGGGCAGGGCCGAGACAAAGCACGGCCGUGUUCAAUCAUUACACGGCCGUACCCAACGCGAAGCACUGCCGUGUUUCCUCCCAACUGCUGGCCGUGUAAUUAACCUUGGCCGAGACACGGGCAGGCUCAGGCAAAGCACGGCCGUGCCCUCGACCGUGCUUUGGCCACUGAUGCUUUUAAGCAGAUUUUCAGCCACAAGUCAAGGGGAUUCGAGUUUUAGAGAGAGAGAUCAGUUCCUAGAGAGAGAAAGCGACGAACAAGAGUCUCCAAGUGCCCUAGAUUGAUCUUCAACACCAUUGGAGGCCAGCUUGAGUUUGGAGAAGUGCCGAUCAACAUCCAGAAGCAGGAAGCCAUCCUUCACAGUAUGAAUUCCGCGUCUGAUUCUGCUUUUGCUUUCUUCUCCAUGGAGUAGUUCUCCCAUUCAUCUGGGUAUGGAGAACCCUAGAUUUGUAUGUUAGGCUUUGCUUGUAUGAACCCAAGUACUGAUUCUAUGAUUGAUUAUAUUCGAUUGAGGUUUUAAUGAUUGAAUGACUUGAAUCCUGAUCAAAUUCCUGUUGUUUCUGCUUUAACCUAGAAUGAGAAUAUCUGCCUAGGUUGAUAGAGCAUCUUUGAUUGAAAAUAGGGAGUUGGUGACUUUAGUCGAGGAGCCAACUCACUAUUCUGUACCGGAUUUACUCCGGUAGUGGAGGUUUUGUUCUUAGGGCCUCAAUCUGUCUACUCCGGUGGAGGUUAGUCGCCCGCUAGAGAUUUAGAUUGAGAGGGUCUGAAGACCUUUAGUCGAGACUUCAGGCUGUUUAAGAACCUUCCGCAGUAUAACUUUCAUAGAAACUGAACUUGGUAAUUACAAUCCGGCUUAACUGCAGUCUAGGGGGAACCAUAUCCAGGUGACCUCUCUUAACCUGAAUACAACCGUUUACUUGCUUUGUUAGUUUGUUAGUUUAGACUUGCAUUCCAGUUUCAUUGCUAGAUAACAAGAAUUCACUGAGUAGUCAUCAGAUCUAGGACCCGGGUUGACAUUUAAACCCAAACCCGCUAUACUACGUUUUAGGAAGUGGUUUCACUUGGCCAAUUCCUAGGGUGACAGUAGAGUCGAGUCAAGUUUUUGGCGCAGUUGCCGGGACGGCUAGGUUGUUGAAGAAAAGUGAUUUCUGUUAAUUUAGCCUUUUUCUGUUUGCUUUGUCCCACUUGUGCCUUCACGGGUUUGCUUGCUUGAGAGUGUGCAGGUAGUGCAUGACCCGUAGCCAGUCGGGAGGUUUACUGCCGUUGAAUCCAGAGAUUGACUGCACCUGUCGCCAGCUCAGGAGACAACAGCGAGCUAGACUGGCUACGGAAGAGCGCAUAGACGGCCACGUGAGCAGUGAUUCUGAAGAAGAGCACGGGAUGGAAGGAGAGUACAAUCAACACCAGGGGAAUCCUCAGCAGGCUCCCCCGGUGAAUCAGCACCUGGGGAACAACCCCAUACCCCAGGAUCAUGGAGUUCAUCAUCCAUCGCAGCCGGGACCCACCUUGGAGUACUACUACACUCCUCGGAUUGCUAACAUCCGCCCGGUCAUCCUCUACCCGCCGAUCCCAGCAAACAACUUCGAGAUCAAGCCAUGCUGGAUUCAGCUCAUCACAUCCUCGAUCCAGUUUCAUGGCUUGAAGGAUGAGGAGGCCAGGGUACAUCUGUCCCGUUUUCUGCAGCUGGCAAACGGGUUCAAGCUGAACGGUGUUCCCGAUGAUGCGAUCCGCCUUCAUCUCUUCCCACAUUCUCUGGCGGGGAAUGCUAAGAGGUGGUUGGAGACCCAGCCCCCAUUGUCCAUCACCUCUUGGGACGAUCUGGCGGACAAGUUCGUGCACAGGUAUUAUCCGGCAUCGAAGACUACAGAGAUCCAGCGGGAGAUCACUCACUUCCGCCAAGAGCCAGAUGAGUCACUUCGUGAUGCGUGGGAGCGGUACAUGGGCUAUUUCUGGCAGUGCCCCCAUCAUGGCUUCAGCGAUGCAUUCACAGUGGGGAACUUCUACAGUGCCCUCUCUCCAGAUAGCCAGAGGGUGAUUGAGUCUCUAUGCCCAGGAGGGGAUAUUCUCACUAAGACUCCACCCGAGCUGAACCAGAUGAUUAAUACAUUGGCUACCAGAGAUCAUUCCUGGGGGCAGAGCAGCAGAGGCAGACAUUCCCGGGACCGUGGUGUGCACGCCAUGGAGUCCAGAUCCGGACUCGAGCAGCAGGUAGCUGAGCUGGUGCAGACAUUGAAGCAGCCCAACAGUCUUAUUCCGGGCAGAGGUUUGGCUACACCUCCAGUUUCUCAGUGUCAGUGGUGUGAGAGCUCCAAUCACCUAGUGGAGGACUGCCAGGCUACGAGGGAGUCUACCACACCCCAGGAGCAGUUGGCCUUUAUCGCCAAUGCGCGGCGCCUCCAUCCAUACAGUAACACAUAUAAUGAGGGGUUGCGCCAGCAUCCCAACUUCGCCUGGAGCAGCAACACCACUAAACCACCUGGUUUCCCAGCACCAGCAGGUGGUUUUCAGCAGAGGCAGCCCUUCCAGGCUCGCCAGGGGCCAGACCCACAGCAGCAGCCCUACCAGCCUAGGCAGGGGCAGCCAUUCCAGCAGCCCCAGCGCCAUUUUGCCGAGCCAGUAGCAGCUCCAGCCCCAGAUGACAGGAUGACGAAGCUGGAAAACAUUCUAGCUUCAUUCAUGACGAGCACUCAGGCGACUAUCACGAGGUUGGACCAGAGUGUAGCCUCACUGGAGGCAGGUCAGAGGAACCAGGGUGCCAUUUUGCAGGAUCUGCAGACCCAGGUGGGCAUCUUGGCCCGCCAAAGCACCACCAGGGCACCGGGGACUCUGCCUGCCACCACUGUCCCGAAUCCUCGGGAUCCUCACCAGCUCCAGCAGCUUGAUGCCAUUUUUACCAGGAGCGGUAGGGCCAUAUCUGCUGAUCCUGUUCCGGCCAGACAGGAGGAACCACUACCUGCUUCAGCACUUCCAGUAGACGAUGCAGCAGUGCGGGUGGAGAAGGAAGCCCCUGCUCCCAAGCCACAACCAGUGGUUAAGGAGCAUGUGCCCCAACUUCCCUUCCCCACUCGCCUACACAAGGACAAGCUGGAGACUGAGUUUGCCAAGUUCAUGGCAAUAUUGAAGCAGCUCAACAUCAGCAUACCGUUCGUGGAGGCACUGUCGAAGAUGCCCAAGUAUGCCAAGUUCAUGAAAGAUCUCUGCACCAACAAGAAGAAACUUGGGGAUCUCUCGACAGUGCUGCUGAGCGAGGAGUGUUCUGCUAUCCUGCAGAACAAGCUGCCCGAGAAGCGCAAGGAUCCAGGGAGUUUUACUAUCCCUCUUACUAUUGGCAGCAUGCAUGUAGGAAAGUCCUUGGCGGACCUAGGCGCUAGCAUAAACGUCAUGCCAUAUAAGUUGUAUAAAAAGCUAGACCUAGGUGAACUUAGCCCUACUAGGAUGAGCAUUCAGUUAGCUGAUCGUUCUAUCGUGCAUCCUAGGGGAAUCAUAGAGGAUCUGCUUGUUAGUGUUGGUGCAUUCACAUAUCCUGUUGAUUUUAUUAUUCUUGAUAUACAUGAGGAUGUGGAUGUACCUUUGAUUCUGGGUAGACCAUUUCUUGCCACCGCCAAGGCACUUAUUGAUGUGCAUGAUGGUAAGUUGAUCUUGCGUGCUGGGGAUGAACAGGAUACUUUUUUUGUGACUGAAUUUGAUCACUGUGCUAUGAUUGAUGUCACGCCUGUGCAUGCCAUUUCUGAUCAGGUACACGAGUCUGUCGUGUACCCUUCUGCACCUCCUAUUUUGCAGGACCCUCCUAUCAUUCCUUCGCCGCCACUCCAUCCAGCCACGCCUCCGAACAAAAAGCUCAAGGAGGAGUGGCGGCCGAAGCAGCAGGUUGCUAAGCCUGCACGGAAGAAGAGUGGAGACCACUAUGAGCUAGUCCCACCUCCUGCACCACGACCACCCUGGCCGUCCGGGUACUCACUCGCCUGCAUCUUGCCAGAUGGGCAGGUCGAGCUGACUGAUGAUAGUGGUCGCAUCCGUCGGGUGCAUGGCCACAACCUGAAGCUGUACCUCAAGAGCGACGUGGAUCCGCUCUUGGAGGCACCUGUUCCUGCACCGCCCUGAGUAUCCACCAUGGGCGUCCAGCUAAACGACGGUAAAGAAGCGCUUGUGGGGAGGCAACCCCACCACGGUUUGAUUUUCUUUCUUGUGUUUUGAGUCGGAUUGUAACCCGGUUUGGGUUUGGUUUGUUUUUCUUUUGGUUUGGAUGAUGUUUUAUUGGGCUGACCAUUAGACCUAACAUACUGUGUUGAGCUCUUUGGUUUCCUCUCGCUGUGCGUGUCUUGACUGGUCCCCUCUCCAGUCCGCUUCACUCGACUGGCCUGCUUCCAGUCUCCUGCAGUCCAUGCAUACCGGUAACAUCGUUCCCCUUAUCCUUCCCUCUUCUCCAUUGAGGGCAAUGUCGAUCUUAAGUGUGGGGGGGGGGGGUGUUUAUCUUUUGACUGCAUUAGAUCUGUUUGUGUGCUUGGAGCCUAGUCCACUGUCCAAAUUUUUAAAUUUGAGGGCUCCAAGUACGUGUUUCCUUGCAAUUUCCUGCUCAGUAUGCUUUGAAUUGACAGUCUUUAUAGUAAUAUGCAACCUAGGGAGGUAGUGUAGCACUAUGGAGGAUGUUGAUGCAUUUAAGAAAUCUCAUUUCUUCUUCAUAUUGUGUUGGUUGAUUGAGUGAAUUAGUGAUCUUAGGACCCUUGAAUUGUGUGAUGUUGUGGAUUUUCUACCUGUCAUGGACUCUUGUGUCAUGUUUUGAAAAUAACAGGUGCUCGAAAAUGUGCUUCCAAAUAAACGUCUCCCGUGCGAAUAGGGUGAAAGUGUGUAAGGGGAGGCGGGAAUUCGUUCCCAAUUUCCACCUACUACCUCCAGCCCCCUUACAUGUCUUUCCCCCGCACGAGGCUCGAGACAUCCGCUCCUGGCAUGGCCGGUAAGAGCAGGUUGGGACCCUUGAAAAAGAAAAGAAAAGAAAAAUAUCAGAAAACAAGCAAAACAGGAAAAAAAGGGGGUUCCAACCAUCUUUAACCAGAAAAUAGAGCACCUUGAAAAAUGUGAGUCCAUGGUCUUUUGUUUUUGAGAAUCUCUCCAUCCACAAUUCAUUUGUCCUCUGUUCACUAUUUGCCAUGAUGCCGAUUCGAUACUAGUGCUCUCGCCGAAGAAGCUAUGAGAUGACUUGUGCGUCGGUUGACCUCGUAAGUUGCUAAAUGAUCUAGGAAGUCCUCUACCUACGAUCUGGGUUGUUUGUUGCUAUAGAGGUCUGGAGAGUUGCAUUGGUUUGAGUUUGGUUUGCUUGAGGACAAGCAAACUGUUAAGUGUGGGGGAAUUUGAUAACGAUGUAAUUGCACAUGUUUGCGCCCCUAGUUCUUAUCCGUUUGAGGGGUAUAGUCGUGUGUUUUGGCCUAUUUUACGCCGGGUUGUGCUAUUUUGUCAUAUUUCAGGUCCCAGGCGUCAAAGGGAAGGCUAACCACGAGUUUCGGGGCAUUCGGAGGUCAUUUCGUCAAGCUGGGGCCAAAACACGGGCACACCUAAGGCAUUACACGGCUGUGUUCCUGUGGCCGUGCUUUUUAUGCCGAGAGCUGAGCUGAUUACACGGGCAGGGCCGAGACAAAGCACGGCCGUGUUCAAUCAUUACACGGCCGUAUCCAACGCGAAGCACGGCCGUGUUUCCUCCCAACUGCUGGCCGUGUAAUUUACCUUGGCCGAGACACGGGCAGGCUCAGGCAAAGCACGGCCGUGCCCUCGACCGUGCUUUGGCCACUGAUGCUUUUAAGCAGAUUUUCAGCCACAAGUCAAGGGGAUUCGAGUUUUAGAGAGAGAGAUCAGUUCCUAGAGAGAGAAAGCGACGAACAAGAGUCUCCAAGUGCCCUAGAUUGAUCUUCAACACCAUUGGAGGCCAGCUUGAGCUUGGAGAAGUGCCGAUCAACAUCCAGAAGCAGGAAUCCAUCCUUCACAGUAUGAAUUCCGCGUCUGAUUCUGCUUUUGC